UCUCAUCUCUCUCUCGAACCGUAUCCGUCUUGGGAUCAGACGUCGUUGUUGUCCAAUUUUUACUCAUUCUCCGGCUCUUCCCAUCAUUUCUCGCAGUUCUCUCUGACUCUUCUUUCGUCUUUUCAGAAGAUUCAGAACAGGUUUCCGGAAGAUCUAUUCUGAUUCUACCCGAUAUGGACGGAGCGCCAUCUUCGUCCGCCGGCUCCGGCGCUGGAGGCGGCGGAACUGGAGGUCCGGCACCUUUUCUUAUCAAGACCUAUGAAAUGGUCGACGAUUCUUCCACCGACGAUAUUGUAUCGUGGAGCUCAACCAACAACAGCUUCGUCGUCUGGAAUCCCCCUGAGUUCGCUCGUCAUCUACUUCCUACCUAUUUCAAGCACAACAACUUCUCCAGCUUCAUCCGUCAGCUCAAUACCUACGGAUUCCGGAAAAUACAUCCUGAGCGAUGGGAGUUCGCGAAUGAUGAUUUUGUGAAAGAUCAAAAGCAUCUUCUCAAGAAUAUUCACCGCAGGAAACCUAUCCACAGUCACAGCCAUCCUCCAGGCUCUGUUGUAGACCCAGAACGGGCAGCAUUUGAGGAAGAAAUUGAGAAACUUGCGCGUGAGAAAUCUGCUCUUGAAUCCAACAUUGUCAGAUUUAAACAACACUCAGCUGUGAAGCUUCAGCUGGAAGAUCUAUUGCAGCGAUUAGACAACAUGGAGAAGAGACAGAAGAAUUUGCUGAACUACUUAGAAAAGGCUCUUCAGAAUCCUUCUUUUGUUGAACAUCUUUCACGGAAACUUGAUUGCAUGGAUUUAUCAGCAUAUAAUAAGAAAAGAAGAUUGCCUCAUGUUGAUCACUUGCAGCCAGUUGGUGAAAAUAACUUGGUUGAAAAUCAUAGCAAUUUUAGAACAGAAUUUGGCACUGUUUUCCACCAAGAUUUCUCAAAUAAACUCAGGUUGGAGUUAUCGCCAGCCGUUUCAGAUAUGAAUUUGGUAUCACGUAGCACUCAGAGUUCCAAUGAAGACGGGGAAAAUCCACAGAAGAGGCUAUCUGAAGGAACGCCCAAAGGAGUGCAGACAAGAACAACUCUUGCAUUCGCACCUGAAACAUUAGAGCUAGCAGAUACUGGAGCAUCUUUUUCGUUCAAGAUGGAUUCAUGUCCAUCACAGCGAGCAACAACUGCUGAGAGCACAAAACUGCACUCUUUGCAUCUAAGUAAUGAAGAAGGUGACAGUCAUAUAUCCUGCCAUCUAAAUUUGACUCUGGCAUCUUCUUCUUUGCAAGUCAACAGAAAUCCAUACUCGGCUAGAUCACCGCAGAUAGACUGUCAGGAAAUAGGCAAAUUGGCAGAAUCAAGAUUUUACGAAAACGAUAAAGAUUCUAAUAGUGGAGUUCCUUCAACGAGAAAUCCAGCUCAUGAGGUUGCCAAUUUAACUUCCUCACAGUCAAAGGAGACUCCGAGCAGCAACCAAGCGCCACCGGCUGCUCCAGCCAGAGUAAAUGAUGUGUUCUGGGAACAGUUCCUUACUGAAAGACCCGGUUGUUCAGACAAUGAAGAGGCAAUAUCCAACUAUAGAGCAAAUCCAUAUGAAGAGCAAGACGAGGGCCGGUCAAUUCCUGGAAUCUCCAGAAAUGUCAAGAAUAUGGAUCAGCUCACACUUUGAUCAUGCUGUCCUAGAUCCUCCGUCAGUUUUAGAGAAGUUUCCCCUAGAUGGCAUGUGAGAUUUGCAUCAUAAAUAUAAUAUAAUGAUAUGAACUUUUAGCAGUUGGAUCUGAGUCAUAGUGUAUAUUAGCUGCUUGGGAAGUUUUGCAGAUAUUUUAAGUACUGAACGAUUUCCUGCUAACUAUGCUGACUUCAUCCACAAAUCAAUGAAGCACUUAAUACUGUUAGUUAACUA